CAGGGAGUGAAUGAGGCCUUUGCUCUUCAUAUGUGAACACUUAAAACGUAUCUUGAAGUAGAAAAGGGUUGGCUACAAGAUUGAUUACUAAAUUGGUGGAGCAGCCCUUCAUGUGGGAUAUCAGCAGAUGCGCACUGCUUUGUUUGGAUGGUUAGCUUAGGGAAAAGACCGCACAGUCAGCAAUGUCAACUGACCAACAAGAACAAUACUAGCUAGCUACCUUACCUAGUUAAAGUUUUGAUUACAAUGUUUUGUAGUGCAUCGGCCUAUGUACCGUUUAAACCACAUUACCAAGUUGUCCCGUUCCAAAGGAACUAUACGCUACGAGAUAGUUAGCUAACUAUGGAAGACGCUGUACCCCCCAUGGAAGAGGGUUAGCUUGUGUAGAAGUAUUUCACAAAAUAAAAAUAUAUAUUAUGUUUAAACCGAUCUUGCUAGUUAGCAUUAAUAUAAUAUUCGCUAACGUUAGCUGGCUAAGUUACGCACAUAUAGACUAUCAACAAAUAAUUGGAGUGCAUUGCAUUGAAAGGACAAUAGCAGCAUGACUGACAAACCAAAGAUCCAUGUGUUUCUCGGAGCGCCAUGCCCCUUUUUGAGUGCAUCAGACACGGGCGCUCCGGAAGACUCUAGUGACUGGAAAACCCUGGAUUUGUGCUGGGAUCAGGGCCGAUUGAGGCCCAAGACCAACGAUAGAGGGGUUCAGGUGAACCCAGAUUCUGUGGAGGCAAACACGUCUGCAGGGCGGGCAGAUAGAGACGUCAGCCAAGGUAAUUUUGAACCGGUCACAGCCGAGGGGCAUUCCCCGCCACUGUUUGAGGAAGACGAAGAAACUGAAGUCACACCUGACCUUUCACCAGCCCCUUCAAGCCAGCACGCUAAGAAUAAACCUCUGUUACGAGAGGUUGACGACCUUUGUUCAGAAUCCCUAAAGGCCCACCUAGACAGCUGCUUUACACGUGCCCAGCCUCAAGCCGCCUCUGAGUGCCCACCCUGCUCUGGUAUGUCUGUGGAGACUGAGUACCUCAGUGUGUGGACAAAGAGCCAAGCCCUCCUCAUGAAAAGGAGAGCGGGGCUCCCUCCAGAGGUAGCACCUAUAGGAAUGGGUUCCCCGCACACGCCGCAGACCCAGCACACUCCGGUGAUCUCUAGAACCUCCCCGGAGCUGUGCAGCCCCCACUCAGGCAGCCCAGGCAGUCGAGCAGUGGGAGGCACUCUGCAGGGCUCCCCGGACAGAUUCUCCGAAGUGCUGAGUCAGAGGCAGCGGGAAGGGGGCGUGAUGCUGGAGAGAACACCAGAUGGACUCCUCUGUACUCAGGGGAGCCCCUCAGCUCACGUCGACAAAGACCGCCUCUCGGAGGCCCCUCAGCACUGUCUCCCCCCCCCUAACCACAGACCACCUGGUCAGCCAGCUCACAGCUCACCUGUCUCCCCCGCCAGGAAGAAGAGCAAGCAGUCACCAACCACACCUGAAGGUCAGCGUUCAAAGCCAUCGGCAUGGGAUGGUUUUAUAACAGCUCGCCCCCCAACUCUCCUGGCCAGAUGCAGGACACGUGGGGUGCAGUACUCGAUCUUAGUCGCCGUAGUGCACCCCUUUCAUCUCCAGGAGGUGAAAAUGAAGACCGGUGCAACAGCAGGAAAUACUAUUCCCCUGGCAACGUUGAUAGUCACUGACCAGUCAGAUGUGGAGAUGAAAGUGGUGAUGUGGAGGGCCGCUGCCUUCUGGGUUCUGACCGUUCAGCCAGGAGAUGUGCUCCUGAUCACAGGUGUGAGAGUCCACGAGGACAAAUGGAGGGGGGAAACCGUGCUGCAGUCGUCCUACUCCAGCAGACUGCUCAACCUGGGCCAGGUGUCCAGCAGCCUCAGUCCCACAGUGCCUCAGGCGGUGAACAGACGGACUCUCGGGGAACUGUGUGCUCAUCUGCGGGAGAGACGCCCCCUGCUGUUGUCCCUGCCUCAUUGCAGCCAUCAGGACCUAAGCACAAUUCCCUACGCAAAACUCAAAACCCUGCGCCCCGAUACCCUAGUCCACGCCGUGGUCCGGGUCACACACACCAACAUGGUGACAGCCUGGCGCGAUGAGGCCCAGGGGAUCUCCCGGGCAGCUGGAGUUCAGAGAUCAGUGCUAACUGUGGAGCAGGCAGACGGCCACCAGGGGGCAGUAGUGCUAUGGGGUGCUGCUCUGGCAUGGCUGGAACGAAUUCAGAAACAUAAAGAGGCGUUGUGGGAUUUCCGGCUGCUUCUCGUGAAGCAGGAUGUGACCUCAGGUCUCCUUGAGCUUCACUCAACUCCCUGGGGAUCCUGUGAGCUUCUCUCUACCAGCGACAUCCGCUGGGCAGAGUUCUUCAAGCCGGGCCAGACCACACAAACCACUUCCUGUGUCGAAAUUGAUUUACGAACUCUGCUGUCUCAAAAAUACACAGGUGACGUGGAACUCAAAGUACAAAUAACAGCCUUCCAGUUUCAAGGAAGCCUAUCCCAAAACACCUGGCAAGUGAUCGACAGCACCACGAGCCUUGAGAGAAUUUUGGAGAUGGUCUCUGGGGACGUCACUUUCACCGGGUGUGGGCACUGUGCCGUGGAGUUGGACACCGAUGACAAUGGCAUUUAUAGGCCCUGCUACCCAUGCCUACCUCACACCGCUGUGCGACACUACUACAGGCCAGUGGUACUGACCGUUCGGGAUGGAGAGUUCCAGGUGUGUGUGCAGGUGCCUCCGACUCUGGUGCAGAAGGUCCUCCUGAACACUCCCCCUGAUAAACUGAGCAAGCCUGUGGCUCCCUCCUCGGAUGUGAGGUAUGUCCAGGUGGUGGCAGAGAGGAUUCAUUCUCUGUUGGCUUUACCCCGGAGCACUUUUCUCCUGAUCGUCCGAAGUCAUAUCCAGUGUGACGAGAACAGUAUUCCCAUCAUCCAAGACUUCCUCCUGCUGGACUUCUGUCCAGUAGACCCCUGAGCCACUGUUCUGGAAGAUCUGAAGCAUCACUGGGCACGGGAUCUCUCUGAAAGACAUGCAACUGAUGAAAGACUGUAGCUGUGAUUUUGAACAUUUUUACCUACAAUUUUUUAUUUGUAAAUAUUUUUUGUAAAAAGUGUUGUGAAUGUUGAGACUAGCUCUUUUGCAUUUGUAGUUUUUAAAUUUGUAGGUAUUUGUAGUGUGGCAAGCCUCUCAGGUCGUCAUUUUAUUGUUCUUCCUUUGAUCCGGUAAUAAAUAAUAAAUCAUGAUUUAUUCUUCA